CCACGCCAUCUUUUCCCCUAGCAAGGCCGGUUGCCGUUUGUUUUAUGAAAUUAAUCAACAUGUUUUCAAGGUUAACUCGCCCCUCCACAGUGGCAUUUAUAUGCAGAGGAUUCAGCUCAUCGCCAUCGUUAUUUCAAGUGUCAAGCCACACAGAUGCUCAUCAGCACCACAUGAAUUGCAAGGUGGCAGUGCUGGGAGCCAGUGGAGGUAUUGGCCAGCCCCUCUCCCUCCUCCUGAAGAGGUCCUCUCUCAUCAGCCAGCUCUCCCUCUACGAUAUCGCUCACACCCCAGGCGUCGCCGCAGAUCUCAGCCACAUCGAGACACGUCCCAAAGUGUCAGGUCACAUGGGCCCGGAGCAGCUAAAGGAUUGUCUGACAGGGGCACAGGUUGUCAUCAUCCCAGCUGGAGUCCCCAGGAAACCAGGAAUGACCCGGGAUGAUUUAUUUAACACAAAUGCUUCAAUCGUCCGAGAUUUGUGUCAGGCCUGUACAGAGUUCUGCCCAGAUGCCAUGAUUGGAAUUGUAACAAACCCAGUAAACUCCACAGUACCGAUCGCCUCCGAAGUCUUCAAGAAGAACAAGGUGUAUGAUCCCAACAGAAUAUUCGGUGUCACUACUUUAGAUGUAGUGAGGUCAAACACAUUCAUCGCAGAAGCAAAGGGGCUGGAUGUGUCUAAGGUGAACGUACCUGUUAUUGGUGGACACUCAGGGGUGACAAUCAUCCCCCUCAUCUCACAGGCCACACCCCCACUUUCCUUCCCACAGGACGACAGGAAAAAACUGACCGUGCGGAUACAGAAUGCUGGAACAGAGGUGGUAGAAGCUAAAGCUGGGGCGGGCUCCGCUACUCUUUCGAUGGCCUACGCUGCAGCCAGGUUCACAACAUCACUCCUUGAAGCCAUCGGUGGUGCUGAGGGUAAAAUAGAGUGUGCUUUUGUACGGUCGGAUGAAACAGAAGCCAAAUAUUUUGCCACACCAGUUUUGCUCGGGAAAAAUGGAGUGGAAAGGAAUCUAGGAAUUGGAAAAUUGAUAGAAUACGAAGUGAACCUUUUGAAGGAGGCCAUGCCAGAAUUACUAGCUAAUAUUCAGAAGGGAGAGGACUUUGUCAGACAGAGUUAAUUCGAAAGAAGACUGUAUGAAAGCUGGGAGAGUUUUUGUGUUCUUUUUUUUUUUUCUCGUUUAAUUUUUUUUAUGUGAUUAGUGCUGAAGAGUAAAUUAUACCAACAUUAAUUAUUGUAAAUAGCUGAAUUCCAAGUUCUAGAAAGCAUUGAUCAGAACCUGAUACAUGUACUAUGGAGUGACGUAGGUAAGAAUACAAAUGACACAUUUACUUCACAGCUGAUUGGAAACGCUUUUUUAGUCUUGUCUUUUGUGAUUUCUACUGAAUAUGCCAAAUCAAAGUUUUCGUUUGUUCUUUUUUGGCCAUUGCCAGUGUCGCUUAUUUAUUAUGCAUUUUGGGGGGUGGAUUGAAAAAAAAAAAUUGUCUGCAUAUUUGGAGCUUGUUCACUAUUCAGUGACUUUCCACAUUCAUAUUUAAGCUGGCUAGUGAAAUGCAUUCUGUGUUACUUAAAUUUUGUCAGAUAGCUUAUACCAGUGAGUGAUACAUUUUUAUAACAUGCUGUGAAUAACUGCUAGAUUUUUUUUUUGCCCACUAUUAAACAGAAUGUCAGUUGUGAAGCCCCAUUCACAAACAAUUGGUUGUUGUGGCAGAAUUUAACAAAUUCGGAACGUAUUAAAAGUGGAGCAUUCCAACAGCGACAAAUAGCAGCAUGUGGAUGUGGCUUUGCUUGGUUUAAUAAGACUUUUCUGUGGGUAGGACUGCUUACAUGGUAAGCCUGUGGCGUGUGGUAUCCUAGUAGAUUUGGGUACGAUUUCAUAACGUCAAGCUCCCAAGCUCUCUCGCAGUGAAGGUGUAUCCUUCAUGUAAGACGGACACGAUUCCCAGUCAUGCUUCUCGUAUCCCUCACACUCUUAGGUUUUCAGUAUGUUGGUGUAUGAUGAAGAGCAUCACUAUGUGAAUUCUGAGGAAGAUGUGCUGUGGUCAGAUGUUAUUGUGUUGUCUCUGUUUUUACAGAAAGAUAAUAAACUUGAAUCUUAGAUUGAGAAACAGA